AUGUCGUCGUUGAGUAAUGCUAUGGACGAUUGGAAUCACUUUUUUGAGAAUCCGGCAAUUUUUUUGAGAUCAAUUUUGCCAGAGACUGACAUGAAUUUGGAUGGACUCAAGUUUCUCCCUGUGACUUUGCUUUCCUGUUUGUUGAGUCACUGGUUUCGCAUUCAAUUUUGCGAUGCAAGUCGGACAGCACGUGCUGCGGUCACCACGCCAAUUGGGUUUAUAUUCCUUUAUUUUUGCUAUGGGAAUGAAAUUGCUCAUUUUUUUAUCAAUGGAUUCGGAAGUUACCUUCUCAUGAUAUCAGUUCUACCAAAACACGUUCAUAAGCGAAGCAGUCUUCUCAUUUGCAAUGGCAUAUCUCUUUUUGGUCCAUUUUUACCGUUGGAUAUACCAAGAAACGUACAAUCUUGGUUUCACUGGAAGCAUGAUGGUUGCUGUUGGAAAAAUCACCCUGCUGUCGUCGGCGAUCACAGAUGGAAUGAGAAGUGAUUUGAAGGCGUUAAAUUCUGGUCAAAAACGAGAUGCGGUCAACGAGAUUCCGAGUCUGCUGGAUUUCGCGUCGUAUAUGUUCGCUUUCCAGAGCGUAAUCAUCGGACCAACAAAUCACUACUCCAACUGGUCAGCUUACCUGGAUCUGAAACUUGUUCCGAAAUUUGAGAGAACCGGAAGGCCAUUCGACUCAACUUCGACUGUGUUCGAGAAAUUUAAAGUUGCAAUUGCAUUAUCUUCGUUCUGCUCAGCUCUGUAUAGCCUCCUUCCAAUUCCUCUGACGAAGUAUCCAACAAUCAGCGAGUAUAAUCUGCUCGUUUGGUGGUUGAAGACUGUAGCUGCGUCGACGAUUGGGCGGCUUCCUUACUACUUAUUCUGGACUUUUUCUGACUCUUUUUGGAUUAUCCACAACUUUGAUGAUCUGGCCGUUGAACCAUGAAAGGCAGGAUGGUUGCAGUCUACCAACUGUAACGUUUGGACUGAUGCCUGGCUUCGACGAAUCGUCUACGAGAGAGUUGAAGAUCCAUACCGUGUCAUUGCAGUUUAUGUAACAGGCGUUGCAUGGCACGGUCUCGCUGUUGAAUACUACUUAUCUUUCUUGACAAGUGCUAUAUUCACUUUGUUGGCUAAGAGCCUCCAACCCCGCGUGCACAGUGCAACCAAGCCACUGACGUAUCCAAGCCUAUCUUGCGUUCUCAAAUACCUAGAUGCAAAUAAGAGACUUGAACUCUCUGCACUCUGAUGCCCAUCGCUAAAGAAAGUCGAAAAGGUUCAGCCCAUGAUUAUUGAGAGCCUAAAGAUAGAACGGUCAUCAAUUUGUAUUAACGACGUUGAUUAUGAUCUCGGAUCUGAGAGCAAAUUUGUUGCCCCCAGAACCCUCUCCAUCCACCAGCUUGAAGGACGCAGAUCACCAGCAAAAGUUGAUUAUUUGGAACUGCCCGAUACUGAAAUUUUCGAAAUUCCAUUCAAGAUCAAGGCUCGAAAUAUUGUGGGUUGGCCAACUGCGGACUCUACAGACAUAGAUCGUUUGAUUGACACGCAGAGCUUACCUUUGAAUUACAUCUAUCUGGACGAGUUUUCAAUUAAUGCACCCGAUCAAAUCCAACAUCAUGAAACGUUGAAGACAGCAAAAACGUUGAUGCUCGGCAGGGUUUCUCAGGAGUUGUUUUGCCUUUGUGCAAAUCUUCCCAACGAACGAAUCGAGGCCUAUAUUAUGGAAGAAGCUGUUGAACUUUUAGACUUUUUGAAACUUUUGGAUCUGUGGAUUGAAAGAAACCAAACCGGUAUAACGGUCUAUCGUUUCAUAGUUUCUGAUGGUAUUCUGGUGGAGAAGUUAUUUGAAACAUUCAGUCUUCUCGCAGAAGGAAGACGUGUCGAAUUGCACGAUGACGAUGAUGUUGAUGAAGAAUAUGACGAUAAAUACACUGAUGAUAAGCGCACCACCAAGUUACUAGAGCAGAUUUGGUUUCUAAUUUCUGAUAAUAUUCUGGUGGAGAAGUUAUUCGAAACAUUCACUCUACUAACAAAAGGAAGACGUGUCGAAUCAGUCGGUGCUGUUAAUGAUGAUGAUGACGAAGAGCGUGUCCCUGAAUUCCCGGAGGAGAUUCGGUUCCGAGUGAAUCAAAACUUGAAAUUUUCGGUCGAUGUGACAAAAAACGAAUAUCAUACCAGCGUGUGGAUAAAUAUGGAAAAAUCCAUUUAA